GAUGGAGUCACGGGUACACAUCAGUGUCUUUAAAAAAAAUAACACACCACUGGUGACACGAUGCACGGUGUGCUGUACCGACCAUCAUUGUCCCCUUUGCCCCACUUCAAUAUACAAGCCCCGGUGUAGGGCAAAGGUUUUGCAGCACAUGGAGGUGCAUGUAAAGAAUGCCAUUCAACAUGAAGAUUUCUUCAUAACAAAAUGCCACUGGGCCUGCAGGAGUGGAAGCAGUGGUCACUUCCACUGCCCUUUCUGCCUCAAGACCACAAUAAAAAGGCAGGCUAUACUGAGGCAUUUGCAGAUCUGUAGGCCACCUCUCCAUGACACCCAGUUGGACGCUGAUGCAGACUGCAGAGAGAUGGGCAUCAAUUCCCAGACAGAGGAAUGCAAAGCAGGAUCUGUGAACCUACCUCAUCUCAGCACUGACAAACUGCCUGUAUACUCGGUACAUGAUAGUGAAAUACAAGGACAAAGAGACCCAGCAGAGAGACCCCAAGACCCACCCAUGGACAACCCUCCCUGCAGAGUAGCAGGAAGAAUCCUUUUACUGUCCAUCCCAGCUAUCAUUUUUGGGCACCUUGGAUUGGGCGAGGCACACGAAGGUCCAACACUGUGCUAAACACAGAGUUUUUAAAAGCUCAAGGUCCAAGAAACUCAGCAGAGGCAGAUGACAUCAAUAUUACUGAAGACAGACUCUCAAAUGAAUUGAUGAAUUUGAAGGUAUCCUUCACAUAGUUCGUAUCACCCUUUAUUUUGUUCUUUUCACAAAGGACUCUCACUGAAUCUUUGUCUGUUAUAGGCCUACAAACUGCAGGACGGUUGUAUGGAAGCAAAGUGCCUUUUUGAUGCAGUUGAAUAGAUUGAAGUCACAACAAUAGACCUAAAUGUUAAUGGGGAUAAUAUUACACAUUGUCAACCCACGUUUACUGUAUUUAUUCUUUUCCUUGACCUACACAGGUGGACGCAGUGCGUACGCUCUGUAAGGAAUGUGGUGUCGACCCUUGCGGUUCUAAGAUAGAUCUCAUUCUGCGCCUCAGAACCGAAAUGCAAAAUAGACAGGCCUACGACAAAGUGUUUCAGAAGAUCUGGGGAGCAUCAGGUGGUUUGGCUGCCAUCAUGUGUCCCUGCGGGGUUUUGUACAGCUUGAAGUUUAACAUAAGAGCAGAAGGCCCUAGAGACUUUGCAGAUAUGCUUCUGUCGUGGAAACAUAUGCCCAAUAUAUCAGUGUAUGACUUUGCACGAGGUCUUGUAAACCACACCAAUGUGAGAGUGCCAGAAAAUCCACCAUUCCAGCCAAAUGAAGGCCGUCUUGCUCCUCCAACCCCUGAGAACAUACAGGCUGCCAAGAACCGAACA